UUAUCGAUAGCUCAUUUUACAUUUGGGGCCUUUGCGUCUAUCGACAAGUUGAUUUCGAUUAUUCAAGUUUUUCAAAAUGGUGCACUUUGACGAGAUGCGUCUGCAGUAUGAGAAGCGCAUAGAGGAGCUGGAGCAGCAGGUGCUGGAAUGCUCGCAGAUGCUGCAGCAGCUGAAGAAGGAUACCGUUGUCAAGGACCUGCACGAACAGAGCUAUGUGCAGACGGAGACGCAUUUGUGCUGGGAAUUCGACAUGAGCGAGUUCCCGUUGCACAACAUAAUAGUUGAGCUCGAGCAUCGACGCGUCAAAUUGCACGCAUACCGCGAUGACGGGGAUCAAUACGAAGAGGUCUUUCGCCAAUUCGAGCUGCCCGAACACGCCGGCACCGACCUGAGCGCCAAGAUGGGCAUCUCUGGCAUCCUCACCAUACUGGCUCCACUCAGGACCAAAGCUGGCUAG